AUGUUGGGUUAUUCUAUAUUGAAGCUUGGCUUUUAUCACCCAAAUACUUUUUUUUUUUCCCUUAGCUGCUGCAGAAUUCGGCUCUUGGAAAAAGUAACUACUCUUAAGGUUUACAGGUACCCACUUCACUGUAAAUUGGGUGUUUUUUUUUUAUUUCUGGGGCUUUUUAAGAUAAGAUUGCUGAUUCUUCACAAGUUACAGGAAACCAUUUUCAUCAGAACAUCUCAGAGGAACAUCCCACAGACUGUCCCACAGUCCUCGGACAUCAAGGUGCUCCUGCCCCCUGCCGGCAUAGCCUGCUAA